AUCACUUGCCCUGUAUUGGUGCAGCGUGACUCUCUGCCAAUGGUAUCAUGUGUUUUUCUGUAUCCAGAUACAUGUAUUUGAGGUAUUUGAAGUUAGUCGUCGUGAAGCAUUAUCGUUUACUUAUAUUGCGUACAAAUUUUGCUUCUGAAGUUGACGGUUUGUAGAAUCUCUGACCUCAUAAGCGCUGGUGAUCCCCUGUCUGUAGAAGAAGGGCACGAAGACCUCAGCUGUAACGGUUGACAUUAUGGCGUAGGCAAAGCCGAAAAGCCAGAAGGCUGAUCCAAAGUUGUAGGCCUCCGCCGGUGUUCCGAUGACCGUGAUGCCGGACAUGAAGCUGGCGGUGAGCGACAUGGCCACAGGGAUCGCCGUCAUUUGCCGGCCGCCCAACAAAAAUUCUGCGCUGCUUGUCUCCUUACGUCCUCGUAUGGCCUGGAAGAGGCCGAUGCCCGCAGACACCAGUAUCGUCCCCGCGAACACCACAUAGUCCCACACUGAGAAAGUGGCCACCGGGCCACCUGUACCAACCAUGGCUCACACAGUCCAGCAACUACUAGCGACUCAGCAGGUCCCACUUAGCACAUCCUUAAAUCCCUGUUAUACAUAUUGACACUUCAAAAUUCACCUCACAGAACCUCAGACUGAAAAAAUAAAAGGCUACUGCUCUUCAGGUCCAGGGACAGUUCAAGUAGUGAGUCCGGUUACAAGUCCAGAUUCUGCUCUGACUGAUAAAAAGUGCAACACCUUGACUUCCGUUCGCUCUUUACUAGCACCUACUCCCACUGAAUGCGGUCGCUUGAUAAUAAAGAUCAUUUCUCAAGUUAAUAAUCCAUCAAGGACAGAAGGUGCUGAUGUUAGUCAUAAAGGUGUAAAAAUAAAUCACCUGUGGUCCAAGCUGCUCUUUCAUCACACAAUGAGGCCGCCUGUGGAGAAGGGGCCUUUUAAAAACUCCUGGUUACUCAGUAGUCGUACGCUGUGUUAGGAAUUUUGGUAGGAGGGCUUGUCAGACAACACUAUCACUUCAGGAAGUAGUCACUAUAUCAUUUUUGUUUUUUUUUUUCCAAUAGCACAUAGUUCCAGGCUUUUCUUAAGCAAAUGUUUGUUGUACCGGCAAAUGUGUGUUUAAAGGCAGUUUUUGUCUGUAUAAUGAGGUUGUUUAUUAUCUUUCAACACUUUUGCCCGAGUGAGUUCUUCUGAAGUUAAUGUAAAAUGGAGGAUAUUGUUAAUGUUCUGUAAAGCUGAGUAAGCACUGGAAAAGUGGUCUUAAAAGCCAAAACAACUGUGUUUUGCUCACGCAUGUUCUCAUUUGUUGACUGUGUGCGGGUUGCAUCUGAUCUCAUUCUCAUCUCAUUCUGCAAUUACACUUAUUCACAUGUCGUAUUUGGCUGCAGAGGCAAUAGCUGUGAUGACAGAAAACACAGAGCUCAGAUUUUGUGAUGUUCAGGUGAAGGAAGUAAAAGUAGCUGUGUGAGGACAAAAACAUCAUCACCACACAGCGAAAGAAAUGUGAACUGACUUUCUUGCUUCAUUUAAGUUCACCAAAGUUGCAAUGACUGAUAUUCAAACACUUCCACCAGAAAUAAUGGCAUCAAGUAUCUUCCAAGACUGCUAGACCUAUUUUGUUUGUGUGAAAAUAUGUCACCUAAUCUGUCCUCACAGCUUAAAGUCAAACCAAACUUUGAUUGACUUUCACCCGAUGAUAUUCACCAGAUACUGUACUGGUAGAUGUGCUGAAUCAGCUUCUGGUACACUACAUUCUGGACCAGGUGUCUGGGGGAGAGUGAACAGGUAGUUGAAUUACAUAGCUUAACUACAAUUUGCUGUAACUUUCAUAUUGUGUGAACCAUUAAGUUCAAAUACUUUAUUUAAGUUGUUUUUUUUGUUUUUUUUGGUUGUUGUUUUUUGUAAAUAAACCUCCAAACUACAGUUUUGGCCAGUUACUCAAUAUAAGUUUCUUAUAGAAACAGAAUGUCUUAAUGUCAUGGUAUUAGGAUGACUCACAGAGUGUAGAAUAAAUGAUGAUACCAAGGAAAUACCAGCUCCACUUGUGCAUUCAUAUGGGACAAGCAGAUCAUGUUCAACACUCUCUAGCCCAAGCAUGGGUGUGUUUGAGCAUGUACAGUAUGUUGGACACGCAUCCAUGAGUUACAUGUACAUGUGAAUCAUUUUGUCAGCAGUUGUGAAGUAUAUCUAUACCAUAUGUUGAUUGAUCUCAAGUUGAGUUAUAUGAUUUAAGUAGUAGCUGAACUACACUACACAGAAAAGUAGGUAGCUGAGUGAGCUGUCUAAGCAACAUGUAGCUUUCCAAGCCACACGUUUACCUUUGAGUUUGUCCUGGCAGAUUCCUGUUGCAGCCUUGUUUGUUUGAAGUUUAUUUUUUUAUUGCCUUCCAUAUCAUCGGUUUUCUUAGAGUACUCAUUUGGAUUAGAUUUAGAUUAGAUUAGAGAAGGCAUCACGUGUCCUGACGAGGAUGAGUAUCGAACUACUCUGUUAAUUUGUCUUCAAAUCACAGUUCGCUUGUCUUGUCUCUUACAUAACUGGUUAAACUUGAAGAGACAAGCAUGUGCAGGAGGAUUACACACUUCUGACACCCAAUGGACGUUUUUGCUACUGCAGCUCUUCCGAUAAACAUGUUUUUCAUGAUUUAUGCACUAACCUCAGUCUAUGGUUGAUUCAUUAAAUUAUCCUAAUGGAAGCAUAGCUUCUUGAUGUUCAUCUAUAAAACAGGUUGAAUGUCAUCAGGGACAGAAACUCCUCAGGCGCGCAGACACUUCUGUAGGUAAAGUGAUUCUAUUUUGUGACUGAUUUUAUUUUCACAUGCCGUUUAUGAGAUGUUGAUAACUAGUUCCGUCUGAUCCCACAGGAAGGAGAGAAUAAUAUGGAGUCUGUCGCUUUCGCCAGCUGCUUGCUUUUUCUGAUGUUGGGCCCGGCCUUUCCCAUGUGUCAGCCGGCCCGCUUCACGAUGUACGUAGAGAAGCCAGAGUGUGAGUUCUGUGUCGCCAUCAACACUACCAUCUGCAUGGGCUUCUGCUACACAACGGACAGCAACAUGAAGGAGCUGCUCGGCCCGAGGUUCCUGAUCCAGAGAGGCUGCACAUACAACAAGGUGGAGUACAGAACGGCUGUUUUGCCGGGCUGUCCCGUCAACAGCGAUCCACUCUUCACCUACCCUGUGGCUCUCAGUUGUCACUGUGGAGCCUGCAGGACUGACAGAGAGGAGUGUGUCCACAGAGCUCGCACCAACAGACCUAACUGCUACAAACCAAUCAGAGACGCCGUCUCCUACCCGCCAAACUACAUGACGCCGUUCUAAUCCUUCUCUUGUUGCAGUUGUGUCUCUGUCCUGCUC